UAUAAUAACCUUCAUUAAUAAAAUUUUGAUGAUCCAUUUGUGUUUCUGAUUAACAAUUACAAUUAAAAAUGUGUUAGACAAUUUUUUUUUAACCAUGUAAAAGAGAAUACAAAUACUGUUUAUAUUUGUAUUAAAGAGUUACGGCAAGUUACGGUAAAUUAACAUCGCAUAGAUUAGAUAUGGAUCAAUAUGGAUCUAGAAGUCUCAAUCUCACUGAUCUAUGAUUUAUAGAUAAAAGUGAGUAUUAAAAACAAAUGAUGUUUUGUUAUAAUUAUUGUUGAAGGUUGGUACAAUAGUAAUCAACAAUAAAUGGCAAUUUAUGUAAAUGUUUUAUUUAAAUGUCUACUGUUACAAAUACAUAACCAGCAGAUACAGAUAUAUUAUCUAUAUCUACUGACAUUUUAUCUCAAACAUCUACUUGAAAAACGUGGUCUAUGAAGUUCAGUGCAUCAACACUGAUCAGAACGUACUCAGGAAGCAAGUAAUAAGGUACAAAUAAUAUUUAAAUGUCUAGCAUAAAUGCUAUGGAAAAUGAAAAUGAUCCAGUGGUUAAAGAGAUUCCAGUCUUUCUCUCAAAAACACUUGCUGAUAAAUUAUUUAUUUUUCAAUACCCGGUUCGUCCGGCUCGAGAGGGCUACGAUAAUGCAACUUUCCUAAAAAGUUCUAUAAAACCAGAAAAUCAGGAAGUUCUUAUAGAGGUGGCAAUUGAUACACAAAGCGUCAAUUAUGACCAAAGUAAAGGAGAACAAAUUGCAAUAAAUGCAGAUGGAGAGGCAAAGAGUGAUCAAGAUGAGGAUGAAAAGGCAUUUGAUAGUAAUUUUAUGGAUAAAACAGUCUUGCAAUCUUCUCGAGCAUUGCCCACCUGUUCAAAUUAUGCAGUUGGUAUUUUUCAAGAUGGUGAAUUACAUAUAACACCUUUGAAAGGAGUCAUUCAGAUGCGUCCACAAUUUAGUUAUCUUGAUAAAAGUGAUAAAAGGGUUAGAGAUGAAGCUAAAAAUAUGGGUGAAGAAAUUGAGGAAGAAGAAGAAGCCUCGAAACAAGUCACUGUAUCUUUUGCUAGACAGAAACCAGACUUUAUGAAAAAGAUGCAAGAGCAAUCAUUUCAGCAUCAUACUCAAAAAAGUUUAGGGGAAAGAUGGAUUCAUACCAAUUAUAUUCCAACAAAUGCCACACAGGCAGAGCUUACACGUUUGGAAAUGUUCUGUUCUACCACAGAUGAAACUGUAAAUACAUUAAAUCUAUCAAAUCAGCAAUAUUUAGAAUUACUAGCACCACCAAUGAAAAAAGAGCUAAAAACGGAUGUCUCUAGUUGUACAACAUCUCUUAAUUAUAUUAGAACUUUAUCUCUUCUUGAUCAGAUUAGGACUCUUAUGAAAGAUGCCAAAGUUUUGUCCUUUGCACAGUUAAGAUUAAUUCUAUCACCGGAACAAGAAACAACAGCUGUGUUAAAAUAUUUGCAACAGGUAGCAGUUUUAGUGCAAGGAAAUUGGAUUGUAAAUAGUGAACUUAUAUAUGCAAAAGAUACCGUUUCAUCGUAUAACGGAAUUCCUGCGGAACUUAUGUGUAGAGCUAGAGAUUAUGUUUUAUUAUCAUUCACCGAACACGAGUACCUACAUAGAAAAACAAUUGCAUCGGUUAUUAAAUUGCAUACCGAUGAAAUUAAGGAAAUAUUUACAAACUUAGCAAUACACGAACCAAAAAAGGGAUGGCGUUUAAUAAUUCCACCUUGUAAAGAAUUUAGUGAAAGAUAUCCGGAAAUAGCUCAGAGACAAGAAAUGUUUUGGGAAGCGAAACGGAAAUAUCUUCGCGAAGCGAUGGAAGUCCAAAAUCAAAUUCCGCAACGUCAAAGACGGAAAUCGAACAGAGAAUCUAUUGGGUCCGAAAACGAAGAACGAAACGUAGGACGCGGAAGGAAAACGUUAAGGGAUUCUUCCGUGUCGGAUAACGAUAGCGCGACAGAGCCAGUGAAACAUAAAAAGACUAUUCGAUCUCGUAAAGUAUCAGAAACCACGUGACCAAAGUUGAUGCGCGAUUGAAAUGUAUGCUUCUACGUAUUGAUAACAUAUUAUUACAUCGUGUCUGCUUUGAUACACUGCCAAAACUAAAUGACUUAAGUAAAAUAUUUUCUAGUCUCAAGUGAUGGAUGAAGAAAACGACAGUAUCGACUGUUCGUUUGAAAAAAUAAGAAUUUUACAGUUCUUGGUUUUUGGAAAUUGAUUUCAAUUUAAAAGAUAUUAAUUUAAAUAUACAGAAACAUAAACAUUUAUCCAAUCACGCGAUCAUUGUGAAAAGUUCAUUGGCACACGUUAUGCUGUCAGUGGUGAAUAAGCAAUCAGAUACUUUAACGAAGUUGUAGAAAGCAUUCAUUUAUCUUUUCCAAGAGUUACUUUCUGCGCAUCGUUGACCGAUGUCGCACCGAAAGCACUGACUGAAAAAUGACUGACGUUUUUUAUUUUAUUAAAAAUAUUUUUACGAAUAAAGGGUAACAUGGUGAGAAAUCUGAAAUCGUGAUCAACUUUAGGUAGAAAUAUAUAUAUAUAAAGUACCAGAA